AUGCUUCUAGUGUGCACACUUGAUUUUUCGAUCUUUGUCUUUCAGGGAAUAAAUGAUGGGGCUGCAGCCCUUAUCGUCGCUAGCGAGGAAGUUGUACGAAAAGCGGGAAUUCAUCCGCUGGCGCGCAUCGUAGGUUUCGCGGUGACCGGUUGUGAUCCGUCCAUCAUGGGCAUCGGGCCUGUCUCUGCCAUCACUCGACUCAUGCAAGCCGUCGAUCCAAACAUGGUCGGAUGUGAUGUUAACAGAUACUGCGACCUCAUUGAGGUGAUUUGUUUUCCUCGACCUCUCGUUUUGCACCGAUUCCCUUGAAUAUGAUCCAAAGCAUUUGCAUGUCACCACUGUUUCCCGGGAGGGGGGGCGGUUAUUGGUGGUCCUCCUUGAUUCCACUGGCCUAACCGUCAUGCUUGGGUCUGGCAGAUUCUUAAAUUGCCAGAACCUGACAUCGUUUACUACCUCUUUUAGGAUGAUGCUUGUGAAGACCAGCGAACAUGAUGUUUAUUUCAUUGUACGCCAGAAGAUGGAAAAGAUCCUUAUGACACUGGAAUCUCUCUCCCCUGCACAUGACCAGGCGGCAUAAUAACUAUUAUACGUGUUGCUCUUCUUCGGUCUUCCAUGCUCAGUGUCCAUGACGGUGGUAAUCCUGAGUUCUACGAAUGCUUUCAAUGAGUUAGCGUUUUAGACCGUAGCAGAUGCAAGAAAGUUGUCUGUCAUACUUCAUAUUUGUUGAAGGACUAUUCAACGACCAGUUAUUCAGCGUGAGCUAUUUCUUUUCCUAAACGACGCCUGCCGUCUGGGCGUAUUCAUUGCGACUAUUGAAGCGGUAACCACAACAUCCUUCCCCGUGGCUGUGUGCCGCCCUCUAUUACCUAAACUUGAACAAUAAUCUACCUCUUGACCAGAUAUUCACCUUUUGCUGCACCCUAGGACACUGGCAUCAUUUUCCAGAGAAAACUUGUUUGUUUUCUUGAGUUCACUGUGGCCUUCGACUCAGGCAACAGAAGUGAUUUCUGAGAGGCUAUGUGGGCGAAGUUAUUCCCCUGGUCAGGACAUGGUACCAACUUACGCGGACAAGGGUCUGAGUCUAGGUUGAGGCAAGCAAGUGCUAAUUCAUCGACGCUGAUGUCUGACCAAUCGUCACAUCAGCAUCCAACACGGAUGACGACAUCACGGCCAUUGAUGACUCGUACGUGGGCUGACAAGCCAUCAUCGCACCAAUUACGAUCCCAGCGGUGAUUGCGAGAGAUGUUAAUUAUAGUACGCAUGUAGUCCCACGGCAGCCGCGUGCUAUAAAUACUGCACUCCUUGUGCCACCACCACCCUUAUCCACGACUGUCUCUGAUGAUGGGUUCGAGUGAGAAUCUGAAACGUCAACCCAAUAAAUUUCUUGUCCCAGUGAUCGCAUCUUCUUCUGAACUGCUACCUGGAACUCGCCUGUUCGCUUCUAUCAGCAAUGUCUUGUCACCGGAAAUUGUCCUCAACCUGUUAAGUAAACGGGAUUCCUGUCACCACUACACGAAUACAUUCGUGUUUACCUUGGGGAAGGUCUUGUCCCGGAUCCUGACUAUGCCAAUGAUAUAGCCGUCUUCAGGGACUUUUUUGGCCGAACGGGACGCAACAUUUGCUUUCUACUUAUCGCCUUUCCUGUAAAAAACCACUUUUUUGUUAUCCCCGACCCUCCUGCCCGCUCAUCUAAUGUACUGACGGUAGACUUUUUAUCCGCUCCUUAGUCAGUCAUUUCACGCUAUCUCAGACUUUUCACCGUUUCGUGAUAAAGGGGAAACAGGGAAUAACGUCGAUCUAUCCCAUACUUUUCCCACUAUAAGCAGUCUUACGCACUUUUGAGCUAUCAGGACUCGCUAAUGGCAGGAGCUUAGAAGGUUGCCAACCUGGUGGCUACUUCUAUUUAAGAUUGAAGCACGCUGUAAUGGCUCCUUUUUAGUGUGGUAUUUCGGCCUUUUAAUCUCCUCAGAAAUUAAUUUGCUAACUUGGAGUGAGUCAUUGGGAAUGAGGCAUUAUAGGCUCAGUCCAAAAGUUAUUAUGAAUAUUUAGGCCUAAAUUCACCAGCCUCACCAACAAAACCGCUUUUAGCUAGUGCCUGUGCUGUCAGUAUGGUAGGUCAUACAAAAUGUCGUAUUUAUUGCAACUCCCUUUAAUAUGAUAUCCAAGACUCUUUUGAAGUCUUGUUUGCGUGUGCACAAAAACCAGUACGCGUGGUACAUGUGAUAGUUCGACCGUCGCAUUCGACGAUAUCCACCGUGUGCUCCACAGCAAGGUGAGAGCAGGGACGGUGACUUGUGUGUGAAUUAGUUUGUAUUGGUAGUAGACUUGCACAGUGUCUAUCGCACUCUCUCCUCCCCCAACCUGGACACGGUAUCAAGAAGAUCGGAAGCGGGGAGUGCGCAAGUGGACGGCGCGGCCGAACCCGCACCUUGGCGCUCCACUCCACACUCCAUAGUCCACAGCAAACACAUGACCAGGGUUUUGACCAACAACAACAGAAAGGACGUGGAUGACUGGGCAGCCUCGCACACGACCUGUGUACUCAGCGGAAGCGCAAGCGCAUCUACCGGCAGGGAACCAGUUACCGUAGGAUUGCCAGCGCACAUCAGGCUGCGAGGACCGUGGUUUGCACGCCCUCAGCGUGGUAUCAAUCUCCGUCGCUUGUCACAGAUGAGAAAGAGAAAGAUACGCUUUAUUUCGAAAGUAUCUUCCAAAAUCUUCUGCAAAACGCUUUUCAUUUACCGUGACUAAAUGUAGGCACGCGAAGUAAGUAGAACCGGAGGAUUACAAACGCGACAUAUCAGCCCCAAACUGCAGAUCUCGGCAUCAUCAACAAUUAUUGGUGGAUUCGGGGCAUGAUCUGCGCCAGAUUGUAUUUCCUUCGCAAUGGUGCUAGCGUAGUGUACAUAUGACCCCAUAACUGCAGUCCAAACAAACAAAAAAGGUAAAGAUCAGCGUAUAGCAAGUAAAAUGGGCCAAUUGAUGCACAAUUAAGACAAAUUCCACGUGAAUGGAGAGCACAAAAGUGGCGGCCUUAAAAAUCAUAGAGAGGGAGCCAGACUAGUGUCAUUUCUUUGUUUGGUUCUGGGGCCUACCCCAGUGUCAACCAUCCUACCUCGGUGUUUUUUCCCAACCCUAGACACUCGGGCACCAGACGCCUCCUCAACAGAUAAGAAAACCCUUUAAAAAUGAGUACAAUUUGAUUGUUUGCAUAUCCACUAAAGGGACGUAGUCUAGGUUGAUUAGGGAACUAAACUUAAUUGAGCACAUAUUAAUUCAUCCCCUUCCUGUCCCUCUACACUUCACCAUUUCAGGUAAAUGAGGCCUUUGCCGCCCAAUACCUCGCUGUGGAGAAGGCGCUCAAGUUAGAACGCACAAAGACCAACAUCAACGGUGGAGCCAUCGCGAUAGGCCACCCUGUGGGCGCCAGCGGGUCUCGUAUUUUGGGCCACUUGGCACACCGCCUGAGCGAGGCCUCCUCGCAAAAGAUGCGCGCAGUCGGUGCUGCCUGCAUCGGUGGCGGUCAGGGCAUGGCCGUUUUGCUGGAGAGUGUUUAG